AUGUACGGAGAGGGGUACCUUGUGUCAAUAAUAUUAUUAUUUAUAGUCCAUGCACAUGCAUACAAUCCAACUUUUCAUGAAGAUGAUACAUCAAGCUUCCUAGCCGAAGGUAUAAGAGGACCGGAUGAUUAUGACUAUAGAAAGUCUGUUGAAUUACUAAGUAGAAGAAGAAGAGAUGAAGAUUAUUCUGAUGAGGGGGGCUUCGUAUCUGCACCAGGCCACAAUAAACCAGGUGGUGAUGACUUCAUAGCAAAUAUACAAGCCUGUCCGGCUGGAACGACUAGAGCACCAUGGGCUAAGUGCAUUUCUUGCGCUGAGUAUCAAAGAAAAUUACGCAGACGAGGCGAAGGAUGUUAA